CCACGAGGGAUCUUCCGGGACGGUCAGGACCUUCUUCCGGGACGGUCAGGACCUUCUUCCGGGACGGUCAGGAGGAGGGGGGAAAAUCACUCAGACUCCGCCCCGGCUGCUGGAGCCGCGUAUCACGUGCACUCCGCCCCAGCCGGGCCGGAAGUGACGCAGACCUGGGGUUGCCGGAAGAAGUGGCGAAGUUACUUUUCGCGGGGCGAGCUUUGGGGGGCGGCUCGGAGGCGGCGGGCGCGGGCAGGAGGCAGAGGACAGAGGGAGCGAGGGAGACGGGCGACCUUUCCAGGGCAGCCGCGAAGAAGAACUUCCCUACCCGGCACCGGAGCCGUGGCGUGCGCAGCCAUGAACCGGGUGAAGAUGACGGGGCCUCAAAGUGUAUAAAGGAAGAGGGACCCGAGCCGGGGAUGACGGGGACCGCGCCGCCCAGCACCGAGCCCGACGGCCCCAUCCCCGCCGCGGCGGCCGGCGAGGGCUCCGCCUGCGGCCUGGUGGAGGAGCCGGAGCCCGAGCGGAAGCGCAAGAAGGGCCCGGCGCCCAAGAUGCUGGGCCACGAGCUGUGCCGCGUGUGCGGGGACAAGGCCUCGGGCUUCCACUACAACGUGCUCAGCUGCGAGGGCUGCAAAGGCUUCUUCCGGCGCAGCGUGGUGCGGGGCGGGGCCCGGCGCUACACCUGCCGCGGGGGCGGCGCCUGCCACAUGAACGCCUUCAUGCGCCGCAAGUGCCAGGAGUGCCGCCUGCGCAAGUGCCGCGAGGCCGGCAUGCGGGAGCAGUGCGUGCUGUCGGAGGAGCAGAUCCGCAAGAAGAAGAUCCAGAAGCAUCAGCCCCCGGGCUCGGGGCCCGGCUCCGCGGCCGCCCCCGGCGCUCCCACCCCCGGGCCCGCGGGCUCCCCGGCCGCCUCCUCGGAGGCCCCCGCCGACGGCGGCAGCAUCCAGCUGACGCCCGACCAGAAGCUCAUGAUCCAGCAGCUGGUGUCGGCCCAGCUGCAGUGUAACAAGCGCUCCUUCUCCGACCAGCCCAAGGUCACGCCCUGGCCCCUGGGGGCCGACCCCCAGUCGCGGGACGCCCGGCAGCAGCGCUUCGCCCACUUUACGGAGCUGGCCAUCAUCUCGGUGCAGGAGAUCGUGGACUUCGCCAAGCAGGUGCCCGGCUUCCUGCAGCUGGGCCGCGAGGACCAGAUCGCUCUGCUCAAGGCCUCUACCAUUGAGAUCAUGUUGCUGGAGACGGCGCGGCGCUACAACCACGAGACGGAGUGCAUCACCUUCCUGAAGGAUUUCACCUACAGCAAAGAUGACUUCCACAGAGCCGGCCUGCAGGUCGAGUUCAUCAACCCCAUCUUCGAGUUCUCCAGGGCCAUGCGGCGGCUGGGCCUGGACGACGCCGAGUACGCGCUGCUCAUCGCCAUCAACAUCUUCUCCGCCGACCGGCCCAACGUGCAGGAGCCGGGCCGGGUGGAGGCCCUCCAGCAGCCCUACGUGGAGGCUCUGCUCUCCUACACCCGCAUCAAGAUGCCGCAGGACCAGCUCCGGUUCCCGCGGAUGCUGAUGAAGCUGGUGAGCCUGCGGACGCUGAGCUCCGUGCACUCGGAGCAGGUGUUCGCCCUGCGCCUCCAAGACAAGAAGCUCCCCCCGCUGCUGUCGGAGAUCUGGGACGUCCACGAGUGACCCGGAAGCGGCUCCCCCCGGGCCGGCCCCGGCGCUGCCCCUGCCCCUCCGCCCGGCCCGGCUCCACCGGCUCUCACGGGCUCCGGCCCCAAGGCCCACGGCGAGCUCCAAGGAGGGGCCUCGGUCACCGGGUGUUCCGAGGCCCUACUCCUGACAUUGUCUUCCUGGGGAGGGGUGGGCGGGUCGUUAACCCUUGACCGUUGACCCCCGGCACUUACCUUUCCUGCCCUCCCCUGCUUACACAGCGCAAUGCACCUUGAAGGGAAGGGGGUGACCCGACUCUGCCUGGGGUCCAGGGGGGCCCAGCCCUCGGGUCCUGUGGCCCCGAGGGAGAUGAGAAGGCCCUUCCCCUCCACUCCUUUUAUUUAAUAAACAAACAAAGCAAAAUCUUAAUAAAAACCUCAAAGCCA